CACUGAUGCUAAUGAUGGGGCAUUAUUCCUCCCACUGACACCAACGAUGGGGCACUAUUCCUCCACCCACUGACACCAACAAUGGUGCACUAUUCCUCCUUCCCACUGACACCAACAAUGGGGCACUAUUCCUCCCCCCCACUGACACCAACGAUGGGGCACUAUUCCACCCCCCACUGACACCAACAUUGGUGGGGCACUAUUCCCACUGACACCAAUGUUG